AUGAAUUUCACUCUUAUACAAGCUGCAAUAUUCUACUUAAUCAUUCUUACUGAAUCUAAGUCCACGAAUCUGUUAGCUAAUACUGUGUUUGUACAAUUGAUACGGAUUUCGCUGGAGUCAUCCCUCAACAUCGUCACGACCGAACUCGUUCACUUCGAUUCCGACCUUCCCCGCUACAAAACCAAAGAUGGCGUUUACAGAGACCUGACCGUCAACGGCAGAAUCGUCUCCCCUACCAUCAUGUGGGUUGAGGCCCUCAAUCUCAUCCUCCACAAACUCUCCUCAACCAAUUUUGAUUUCAAGAAAGUCAUCGCCUUCUCUGGAAGCGGCCAGCAGCACGACAACGUCUUCUGGCAAAAGGGAAGCUCCCAGAUUUUAACAUCUUUGGAUCCCAACAAAUCCUUAAAAGAUCAACUCCAGAAUGCUUUCUCUGUCAAGUAA